UGGACGUCACUUCCCAUUGUGUGCGUCUGCUGGGCUGCUGUAGUGACACUCAGACGGAGGACUUCCAUGCUAGGCGAGCGACUAACCGCAUUCAAUCCGUAGAGCGAGGCGGCCCGAUUUUCUUUUCCGAAGUUUUAAACUCAAUUCGGCCAUCCUCAGCGUACUCAGCCCCCACUUACGUGGACUUUAUUCUAUUAUUAAUGCUUGCUUCUGUGAAAGAGUGCCGCAGCUUCUGAGCGAGCACGCCGCCGCUGCGAGAGAAGAAAACAAGCUCGGUGAGCAGUGCGCUAAAGCUGUGUGAUCAUUGACAGAGUUCAUUACACACAGGCUCCCAACGCUAACUUGUCGGCGCGUCGUGCAGCGUAGCCCAGAGAUCCUUCCGAAAGCCACGGUUGCGGAUAUAUAUAUAUUUUUUUGUUUUUGUCUCCGAAGUCGAGGUGUUUAUUUCAGUUACGGUAACUGAUUGUCAAAACUACAACAAGCAGGAUGUGCUGAGUCUUAUAUCAUAUCAUCUUAAGCUACUGGAAGGCAUUUAACCAAUAAGACCAAUUUCCAUCAGCUUGCCUGCAGCCCCCUACCUACCCCAACAGUCUUCUGCCCCAGCAUGAAUGGAGUCACUGUUGUUAAAGAAGGAUGGCUCUUUAAGAGAGGUGAAUACAUCAAAACAUGGCGUCCUCGUUACUUCAUCCUGAAGAGCGAUGGGUCAUUUGUCGGAUACAAAGACAGGCCGGACAUGUACUCCGACUAUGGCCACCCACCGCUCAACAACUUCUCCGUCGCAGAAUGCCAGCUGAUGAAGACGGAGCGCCCCAAGCCCAACACAUUUGUCAUUCGAUGUCUGCAGUGGACCUCGGUUAUUGAGCGGACCUUCCAUGUUGAGACCAACAGUGAGAGGGAGGAGUGGAUGCAGGUGAUCCAGACGGUAGCAAAUAGCCUGAAGAGUCAGCAGCAGGAUGAGGAGCCCAUGGAGAUCAAAUUUGGCUCCCCCAGUGACAACAGCGGUGCAGAGGAGAUGGAGAUUGCUGUGUUCAAAUCCCGUUCAAAAGUGACCAUGAGCGACUUUGACUACCUGAAGCUCCUGGGCAAAGGAACGUUCGGAAAAGUGAUUCUGGUUAAAGAGAAGGCCACAGGGAUGUACUACGCCAUGAAAAUCCUCCGCAAAGAAGUCAUCAUUGCUAAAGAUGAGGUGGCGCACACAGUUACAGAGAGCAGAGUCCUCCAAAACACACGGCAUCCUUUUCUAACGACACUAAAAUAUGCAUUUCAAACGAAUGACCGGCUUUGCUUCGUGAUGGAGUAUGCAAAUGGAGGAGAACUCUUCUUUCACUUAUCCCGGGACAGAGUAUUCACAGAAGAUAGGGCACGAUUCUACGGUGCAGAGAUUGUAUCCGCACUGGAGUAUCUACACUCACGCAAUGUCGUUUACAGGGACUUGAAGCUGGAGAACCUGAUGUUGGACAAGGACGGCCACAUAAAGAUAACAGACUUUGGGCUUUGCAAGGAGGGAAUCACAGACGGUGCCACGAUGAAAACCUUCUGUGGAACCCCCGAGUACCUGGCUCCAGAGGUACUGGAGGACAAUGACUAUGGACGUGCAGUGGACUGGUGGGGACUGGGAGUGGUCAUGUAUGAGAUGAUGUGUGGUCGGUUGCCCUUCUACAACCAGGACCAUGAGCGCCUGUUUGAGCUCAUCCUCAUGGAGGAUAUCCGCUUCCCUAAGAGCCUGGCACCGGAGGGCAAGGCCCUGCUGGCAAGCCUGCUGAAAAAAGACCCCAAACAAAGGCUCGGAGGUGGACCAGAAGAUGCCAAAGAAGUAAUGACCCACAAGUUCUUUGAGUCUAUCGUCUGGCAGGACGUCAUUGAGAAAAAACUUAUCCCACCCUUCAAGCCCCAAGUAACAUCAGAGACAGACACCCGUUACUUCGAUGAUGAGUUCACAGCACAAUCUAUUACAAUAACUCCUCCAGAUAAGUAUGACAGCUUAGAUGUUGAGGAUUCAGAUCAGCGUACACACUUCCCUCAGUUCUCCUACUCAGCCAGCAUACGGGAAUGAUCACUAAGACUCAUGAACAAGCAGGCAGGCUGGCACACAAUCCCACAUGCACCCUUGCACUGCUGAGGAAUUAAAACGACACAAAACAAAAAAGUGGCACAAGGCACAUUUUUCAUUCUGUCUUUGACACACGCAUACUCACAGUUACAGGUAAAUCGUAAAAACAAAAACAAAAAAUAUAUAUAUAUAGUUUAUAAAGUAGGAAAUGAACACACAGACCAUGCCUGACUGGUUUGUUUGAAUAGACUGGCAGCUUUGUCUCUGCAUGUCCUCUCAGGGUUGGCAUCAGGCUUCCCCGCUGGACCUCUGCAACAUCAAAUCAAAGCCUUUACAUCUCAGAAACUAGGUGGGGAAAAAAGUAUUCGAUGCACUGCCGAUUCUGCAAGUUUUCCAACUUACAAAGAGCGGAGAGGUCUGUAGGUACACCUUAACUGUAAGAGGCAGAAUCUAAAAAAACCUUCAAGAAAAUUACAUUGUAUGAUAUUUGGAUAAAUAAAUUGUAUUGAAUAAAAAAAGUAUUUGAUCACCUAUCUGCAGGUAUUCUGGCUCUCGCAGACCUGUUAGUUGCUCUUUAAGGAGCCCUCCAAUCUUCCACUCGUUACCUGUUUUAAAUUGCACCUGUCCAAACUCUCAAUCAGAAUCCAACCUGUCCAUCGUGGACAAGACCAAAGAGCUGUCUAAAGACACCAGAGACACAAUUGUAGACCUGCACAAGGCAGGGAUGGGCUACAGAACAACAGGCAAGGUUGGUGAGAAAGCAACAACUGUAGGUGCAAUUAUUAGAAAAUGGAAGAAACUCAAGAUGGCUGUCGAUCUCCCUCAUACUGGGGCUCUAGUGAGAUCUCGCCUGGUUGACUAUCAAUGAUCAUGAAAAAGGUGAGGGAUCAGCCCAUAACUUCAUGGCAGGACCUAGUCAAUGACCUGAAGAGAGUCAGGACCACAAUCUGGCCAUCAUGGAUUAAAAUUGUACAGGGCGCACAAGGUCCCCCUCCUCAAGCCAGCACAUGUCCAGGCCCAGCUAAACCAUCUGGAUGAUCCAGAAAAGACAUGGGAGAAGACCAUGUGUUAUAAUGAAACCAAACUGGAAUGUUUUUGGUAUAAACUCCAUUCCCUGUGUUUGGAGUAAGAAGGAUUGUUACAAUCCCAUGAACACAAUCUCUACCAUGAAACAUGGGGGUGGAAAUUUAGGGCAACCACCUCCUUCCCUCAGUAAGAGCAUUGAAGAUGGGUCGUGGCUGGGACUUCCAGCAUUACAGUGACCCAAAGCACACAGCCAGGACAACUAAGGAGUGGCUCCUUGAGGAGCAUCUCAAGGUCCUGGAGUGGCCUAGCUACUCUCCAGACCUGAACCUAAUCGAAAAUCUUUGAAGGGAGCUGAAACACUUUGUUGCCCAGCAACAGCCCAGAAACCGAAAAGAUGAAGACAAGAUCUGUAUGAUACCUGCUGCAUUGUGUGCAAACCUGGUCAGGAACUGCUUUGUAACUGUAAACAAAGGUUUCUGUACCAAAUAUUAAGUUCUACUUUUCUGUUGUAUCAAAUACUUAUUUUAUGCCAUAAAAUGCAAAAGAAUUAUUGAUAUAUCAGACAAUGUGUUUUUCUGGAUUUUUCCGUUCACUUACGAUGAGAAUUCCAGACAUUUCCAUUCAUUGUAAAUGGGAAAACUUGCAAAAUCAGUGGUGUGUCAAAUACUUAUUUUCCCCACUGUACGCCAGCAAGUCCCACAUCUUUACCAGCUGUACCCAAGGAUCACAAACACACACCCACACACACACACAGCCCAUGCGUCAACUACACAUUCACAUAAACAAACUUGGUAGAAUUUUGAAAACUAUAAUCUGAAUUGGGAAGAAAUAAAAAAAUAUUUGGGGGAAAAGAACAAACUUUUUAAUUUCAUCAGUUACGGUUUUAAAUAUAAAGCCAUAUUUAAUUUUUUUUUUUUUUAUAAAAAAGAAAUUAACAAGUGCUCUUUCUGGAACUUGCUGUUACAAAUCAAGUGUAGGGUUUCCCUACUGUAGGGGGGAAAACAAGGACGUGAGGUAAGAUGAGGAGAGUCGCCAUUACGGUGUUUGCACUGCACAAGGGUGUAUUUGCGGACCGGCGAGAGGAUUCGAAUGUGUGUGUGCCUGCAUGCGUGCGUGCAGAGAGAGCGCAAGAGAACGAGUGAGCAACAGUUUUAAUCGUCGGCCAUCCAUUUGUGUCGUUUUUAUGCAUGUUUUUAAAGUAAAACUUUGCUGGAACAUGGUUGAGGGAGGACACUACGCAACACACUCGGUUGUCGGUUUUCAUUUUAAAGCCAUGUAGUUUAUGAUUGCUGGCUGUAAAAUUGACUUGGUCAAGAUAACAAAACAAAACAAUCUAUUGCAUGGCUUACCUUUGCUGUCAAAGCUGCAGGAAUUUUUUGCAAUGCAGCGCUCAUUCACGCAGAGUCCCGCUUUGUAAACUGAGAUUCCAGCUAGUCUUUGGUUUUGUAGAAAGAAGAUGCAGGUUAGUUUCUCCACUUGUACAUAUUACUAAAGGCUGAAAAAGACUGAAAUGUAGAUGAUACUCUGACCCCAGUUUUCCUGGAGCUGUCCAGAAAAUCUAAUGUUUAAAGCAUUUACUCUGUCCUCAGUUGUGUAAAUCUUCCUCCCUAGCUGAAAAGGUUAGGCAGCAAUGUUUUGUUCUAUAAAUAUCAGUGCGAGUUCUUUGGAAUAUUUUACAAAUUAGCUUUUAAUUGCACCCCUACAUUAAAGACAUCUGUUCACCUUUUUAGACAUGAGUCGACAUUUCAUGUUUAGAGCCCAAUUUGUUUUCUUAAGUGUCCAAGCUCUUUAAAUGUAUGUAGCUGUAAGUUUGAAAUAACCGGUUUACCGGUUGGUGUGAUCUGUUGGACCUGCCUUUAAUUCAUCUGCUGAAAGGUGGAACUACUCAAACCUCAGCUGUAUCAUUUGGUGUAAGUAGAAGACCUGCACACUUUUAGUCAUGAAGGCACAUGAUUGAGAGAAGCUGUGGGCAACAUUUUGAAAAGUGCUCAAACUGAUGCAAACUUUGAUUUUUGUGAUGCUGGAAGAGUUGUUGCUUUAUUAUUUUAAGUAUUGACAAAAGAACAUCAAAGCAUUUUUUUUCUGUUUCCUGUUUUUGUUUGUUGAGAUUUCUUCCCUUUUUGUCCAUCUGUUAAAUUUUGGAAGACAGAUUGUCUUGUUUUAAGUACAGUAUAUAUAAAAUAUGAAUAUAUUAAAGUUUUUUUUGAACUUC